AUUAGGCUUGACAUUGAUGACAACGAAAUCACGGCCACCUUUCCAACUGAAUUUGGGAUGUUUCCAAAUUUGACCAUGGCUUGGUUGAACGGCAACGAAUUCACUGGAACACUUCCAGCCUCCAUCUUCCAGAGCUGGGGACAGCUGUCAUAUCUGAAGAUCCAUGACAACAAGUUGGAAGGACCCCUCCCAACAGAGCUUGGCCUUUUGACAUCCCUUGACCUACUUUGGCUUUCGCGCAAUGAGUUUUCGGGUACCGUCCCAUCACAGCUGGGGUUUCUGGCCAAUGUGACCGAGCUGUUUCUCCAUGAUAAUUCAAUCACUGGAAGAAUCCCGACAAGCCUCACAGAGUUGGCAAGUUUGGAGAUGCUAACUGUUUCUGACACCUUUCUAUCCGGCUCCAUUCCGGAUGGUCUCUGUGACAGAAUUUGGGACAUCACUUAUACCUGCAAUGACUACUUUGGCUUGUAUACGAUCUGUUAUGAUACUGAGAAGGUCAACUUCACGUGCUCUUCUACCAAUCUGUGUGGAUGCGAUUCAUGCGAACAAUGUAAUUAG